AUGAGCAAAAAGCAGCUAAAAGAUUACGAAAUAGAGUCGGCACUGGAUGAUAUAUUCGGUUUCCCAUCAGAUCCAGAUCAGUCCGAAGACGCUGAAGAAUCGGAUGAGGAAAUAAAUAUUUAUAACACCACGAAGCUACAGAGAAUUUUAGAGGAUUUGGAUAAGCCAGGUCUGCGAUCUACAGAUAUAAUAAGAGCUUCGCCUCAGCCUUCCACAUCGAGUGAUGAACCAGGCCUAGGGUCUAUUGAAACGAUAAGGGCUCCAUUAUCGCCUCAACCUUCCACGUCGAGUGCAGACCUGCCUAGUAGCAACUGCUGUGGUAUAGGUCAAACCACAUAA